ACGGCAAGUGACCCACUCGACGCAUCAUUUCACAUGGGAUCGUUUGACUUCAGACCGGUGACCGGCCACUCUGCCACUGGCCUCAUCUUCAUCCCGUUUGAUGAGCUCUGGGACAGACCGCUAAACGCCAUCAAACAGACGGUAUGGAAAUGUAAUUUCAGCUCUAACUUUAAUAUCUUGUAACCUUGGAGCUUUAUAACUAAACUUAAAAACAUCCUCUUUCCUUGUACUCUAACGCCCUACCCGUCCUUGCCGAAGUCUAGCUGCACGGCCCCUACGCACUUAUACGUACACACUCUUUCGCAAUGAGGUUCCUACGUAGCUUGCCUUUCGUCUCUCUAGCUGCGCGUUCCUGCGUAGCGGAACCUACCUCGGAGCCGCAGUACAUCCUCAGCAACCCUCCCGCCUCGGAAUCAAAUUAUCGGAUUCCGACUUCGUAUGAGUCUGCCGUGCUCGGUCGACGCAUCCUAGCUCUUACUCCACUUGGCACUCUCGCCACAGUCUUCCCGGACUCGUCCCGCGGACGCCAGCCAGAUGGCCUCGGCGGCGUGCCUCUCGGACUGAUGGAGUACGUAGCGGAUUGUGAGGAGGAGGGCAACCCUACCAUCCUGGCUAUUAAGAUCGGGACUACCUUCAGGAAUGUGGACAGCGGUUCCAACAUCAGUCUAGCCCAGGAAUGGACUCCCCCAUACCCACCAGACAAGCGCAUCAAAUCCACCUUCUUCGACUGGCUGUUUGGACGUGAUGCCGACACCAAGGACAGAGUGCCGUACAGCGCUGUCAAUCUUCCGCGUUACAGCCUGCUGGGCUAUAUAGAGAAGAUUGAUUCGGCUGAUGCUAAGGCAUUGUCAUCGUGCUUCGUAGAUACGCAUCCCGACAGCAAGUACUGGCUCCCCGGGAAUGAGAUUCACGAGUCCGAGUUCGUGAGACUUGUCGUUACGCAAAUCUACUGGAUUGGUGGCUUUGGCGACAGAGCCUAUAUCGGCUGGAUCCCUGUCGAUGAGUGGAAGAAUGUCACCAGGAAGGAGUGGGAAAGUGUGAGACUACCUGGUGAGAAGAAGGGCUGGGACGAAUGGAGCACUUCGGAUCUAUGAGUACUGGCUGCUCAUAUGCAGAACAUGUCUGCGCAGCUUCUGUUUUCAAUACCAUCCGACAGUUAUGUCCAUUGAUUUGGUAAGCGAUGAGUUUGGGAUAUGAGUUAGGAUCUUGAUGGUACUAUGGUAGUAGUUACAUGUCCAUACGCAUAUUUGAGUGAAAAGAAUAGUAAAUAAUAUUGAUACCGCUGAAGAAGAAAAA